AUGCAUCACUCCAAGGAGCAACUGGCUGAAUGCCCCUCAAACUCUAUCGCCCACCUAACCAUGCUUGUGCAGCACCACCACGAGGCCAUUCCGUUUGAAAACCGUGCGGCCUGCCUAGUGUUUUCCGUCGACCCGGCCCACGCCGACACGUCCAUUGGCGAGCGAGUUUCAUUGCAUACUGCAAAGAUAUUCAAAAAGCUCGUUCUGGAUCGUCGUGGUGGUUGGUGCUUUGAGCAAAAUGCAUUGUUCACGACGAGGUUGCGCGCGCUUGGCUACGCCGUCGAGACGAUUUGCGGCGACGUGGUCACUCCCGCGAUGGAGGUAGCCCAUGGCAAGUACCUCGACAAGGCGAUGACGCAUAUGCUGCUUCUCGUCACAACCAACACGAGCGACCAGUUCCUUUGGGACGUUGGCUUUGGUGGCCGCGGCGAGUCCCCCAUUCCCAUCCCCGUGCCGCCGUCCGCCCACCAGCCAUCAACCUGCCAAGAAGACGACGUUGGCCUCUGGGGAAUCCUUUGA